UAAUAAUAAAAUAUUUUUCAGAUUAUUAUUACAUAAAAUGGUAGUAUUUCAGGUGUAUGAAGUAUUUGAAACAGAAGAAAAAGGAAGAGGAGUUCGUGCUCUACAAGAUAUUAAGCGUGGUGUGGAGAUUCUCAAAGAAGAGCCACUUGCAUGUAUACUUACAAAUAGCAAGUAUCGAGGUAUAAGAUGUGACUAUUGUUACAGUGAACCUGAGAAGCUAUUGAAAUGCUCAAAAUGUAAAUUUAUAGCAUAUUGUGGAAAAGUCUGUCAAGCAAGUGAUUGGAAAAUGCACAAAUAUGAAUGUAAGUGUCUCACUAAAUCUGCUCCAAAGCAACCACCUGAUUUCUGCCGAUUGGUUAGUCAAUUAAUAUUCAAUUUUUACUACAACAAGAAAAACACACUAAUUAAUAAUCUUUAUGCUAACAAAGGAAAUAUAUCAAAUGCUAGAAAAGAAGCUUUUUUCACAUUUGCUGCAGUAUUAGUGGAAUAUUUACAAGAUGUAAAUAUUAAUAUAAAUGAUAUUGACAUAUAUGGCUUGAUGUGCAAAGCAUCAUGCAACAGUUUUGCUAUCACAAAUGCAGAGCUUAACUCAUUGGGAACUGGAAUUUUUUCAUCAGCCUCGCUUUUUAAUCAUUCCUGUGAUCCAAACUGUGUUGCUACUUUCAAUGGCAGAGAUAUUUCUAUUAGAGCAAUCAAACCUAUUGCGGAAGGAGAAGAGUUAAUGUUAUCUUAUAUUAGUAUUUUAGCUACAUCUGAUGUUAGACAGCUUGAACUCCGGGAGUCAUAUAUGUUUACUUGUAAAUGUACAGUUUGUUCUAGAAAGGAAGUUAAUGACUCUCUUAUGAAAAGUGUCAAAUGUUCACAACCUCAAUGUUUAUGUAUGAAGUUUUUAAUCACAGCUCCAGAAAGCAACAAAUGCUCAUGUCAAAAGAAUUGCGAAGCUAGUAAUGAUUAUAUCCUUAAAGCUAAUGAUUGCAUGGAUAAACUACAGGCUCUCUACAAUUCUAUAAGUGUUGUUCCAACAAUAGAGCAACAAAAAUCACUGACCCAACUUAUAAGGUGUGGUGAAGAAAUACUUUGUUCACCAAAUAUUGCUUUGUUACAAUGUUAUGAAGUAGCCAUGGAUGGCUGCAUUGAGAGUGGAGAUUGGAAAGGAGCAUUCCAAUAUGGCAUCAAACUAGAGUGUUCAUACAAAAACUAUUUAUCGGAGUAUCACCCGACUCUUGGAUUGCAUUAUUUUAAAUUAGGCAAAUUAGCAUUGCAAAUAGAAGACUUAAGGAACGGAAUAACAUACUUAGAGAAAGGCUACAAAGUUUUAUCUAUCACGCAUGGUUCUUCAUGCCAUUUUGUUCAGAAAUUAAAAUCUUAUUUAGAUGAAGCCUGCCAAGAAAUGGCUGAACUUGAAAAGUAUAGAGCUUUAGAGGAGAGAUAUAUUCAACAACAUUAGAUGAUAAACUUUUUUUUUUUUUUUUGAGAUAAAAAUUGAUAUUUUUAUAAAUCCACUAACUGUAGAAUAUUUAAAGGGAAAAAAACUUUAAUAAAGCUUUUUCUAAAAA